UCUCAAGUCAAUGAUAUAUCCGAGAUGAGUAGGGUGAGCGAACAGACUUGGUUAUCGUCUAGAAACAUGCCUCUUCCAUUCUGGGAAAAGCUGUUGAAACGAUUGUCUAAGUUGACACAGUUACCCAUGGAGCAGCUACAGAUAAGUGAAGAAAUGCAGGUUGUUAGUUAUGUACGUGGAGGACAUUAUCAUGCACACAUUGAUUCAACAGACACUACAAACAGAUUACAUUUACCAUGCUGCUUUCAAACACCAGAAUGUCUCGAAAUAGAUAUCAGUAAUGAGGAAUAUGAGGAGUGUUGUAGAAUAUGUAGGUACAUUACAGUAUUAUAUUACCUUAAUGAUGUAGAUGAAGGUGGGCAAACAGCAUUCCCAUUAGCUGAUAUGUCGGAGGAUUUAUUCCAGGAAAAGUUCCCGAGGAGAGGAGAAGUUCAGACGUGGCACGAUCUUAGCCAUUACUGUUAUAAUGCAUCGGUUGUUGUCAGUCCAAAACGAGGCACCGCAAUAAUGUGGUAUAAUCAUUUACUAGAUGAGAACGGGUAUCUGGGUCAUGUGGACAUGCGAUCAUUCCAUGGCGGAUGUGACAUCAUAAAAGGUACCAAAUGGAUCGCCAACAACUGGAUCACUGCCACAAACUACAAAGAUAGAACAAAACCUUCUAUGAUAUAUUGACAUUGUUGUCAUUUAUUCAUGUAUACACUCAUGUAUAUGAAAUGAAAAAUAAAAUGUAUAUACAAUGUUCCUA